AUGAUCCCCGAGCCGGAAACCGGGCAGCUACUCACCGACGCAGGUGUCUGCUCAAUCCAUGCAAACAAUAGGGCUGAUAAUUGCGAUACCGUGAACAACGGCCCCGAUAACAGCACCCACAUCGAGCUCAAGGAUCCCGCUAUCAACAUCAACAUGAUGGUAGUAAACAUCAACCGUAUAGCGUCCGAAAGCACCGACUCCCGCGUGCCCACUGACGGGCAUCAAUCGGCGCCGGGACGACCCCUAAAUGCAGACCGGCCUACUAGUCGCCGAGGAGCUGCGAAUCAGAGACAGCAGGAGAAUACCAAGAAGAUGGUGUGGUGUCCAUUGUGCAAGUACGUGGUUGAUGGGUUAAAGAAGCGGGCCGCUUGCUACCUCCUUUUCCGAUUCCAGACUUCCAUUCGUGCGGCGCUGCGGAUACUGACGCGGAACUACCCCCCCUUUCAGGUUGCGCGGUUUACUGGCCUCGAUUCUUCUCUGCAUGGCGACUCGGGUACAGGGGACCGACCGACCGACCAACUGAUUGGAGACCCCAUCCUCUCGACACGACGUGAAGAACAGUUAAAAGGAGGGGAACGUGAAGCAGAACAUGGUGCGGGUGAUGGUGAAUUGGGAAGCUUCAUCUUAUAUGAUGGUGCCAGCCAAGCCUUGGGUCAAGGGGAAUGA